AGGUCCCUUCUCCAGCCACCCAGCCCCAAGAUGGUGAUGCUGCUGCUGCUGCUUUCCGCACUGGCUGGCCUUUUUGGUGCAGCAGAGGGACAAGCAUUUCAUCUUGGGAAGUGCCCCUCGCCUCCGGUGCAGGAGAAUUUUGACCCGAAUAAGUAUUUCGGAAGAUGGUACGAAAUUGAGAAGAUCCCAACAACCUUUGAGAACGGACGCUGCAUCCAGGCCAACUACUCACUAAAGGAAAAUGGAAAGAUCAAAGUGUUAAACCAGGAGUUGAGUCAGAAGCCAGAGGGCUUGGCGGGUGGUUGUCUGGGCCACCCUUCUUGUGUUGUCCUGAGGUUUCUCUUGCCCUCUCCCUCCAAUAAUGCUGCCUCUCUCUGGUUCUCAGUUAUGCCAUCGGCACCGUACUGGGUCCUGGCCACCGACUAUGAGAACUAUGCCCUCGUGUAUUCCUGUGUCAGCGUCAUCAAUCUUUUUCGUGUGGAUUAUGCUUGGAUCUUGGCAAGAAACCGUCAUCUCCCUUCAGAAACAGUGGACUUUCUAAAAAAUAUCCUGACUUCUAAUAACAUUGAUGUCAAGAAAAUGACGGUCACAGAUCAGGAGAACUGCCCCGAGUUCUCGUAACCAGGCUCCACAGGGAGGCUGUGCCCACUCCACAUUACAUUUCCUGCUUUGCUUUCCCCCACCCCACCCACUCCUCAUAAACACGAACCAAUCAACCA